CUCCGAGUUUGUGGAAUUAUAUCGCUCACAACUUCCCCUCCUUCUCCCGCUCUCUCCUCCGCUCCUCUUCUCUCAUCUGAUACCCCCCUGCCCCCUCCCCCUCAUCAUUUAUAUCCCUUGUGCACAUCCCUCAUCUGGUGGCUGCAGCAAACUUCUUCGAUCCCUACGACACAUUUCGCCCUCACCAUCAUGCCUUCUGUUCAGGAGAAAGGACCCACAACACUUUACGACAAGAUAUACGCCCAUCAUCUUGUCGAUGGUCAGACAAUUUAUAUUGAUAGACACCUCGUUCACGAAGUCACAUCACCUCAAGCCUUCGAAGGGCUGAGAAACGCGGGAAGGAUUGUUAGGAGACCUGAUUGCACUUUGGCUACUGUCGACCAUAACAUUCCGACAUCAAGCCGCGCAAACUAUAAAAACGCAAAGACCUUUAUUGAAGAAGAGGACUCCCGCAUACAAUGUUUAACACUCGAGGAUAACGUUAAAGCAUUUGGCUUGACCUAUUUUGGCCUCGGUGAUAGUCGCCAAGGUAUCGUCCAUAUUGUUGGUCCGGAGCAGGGCUUCACUCUUCCGGGCUCUACGGUUGUGUGUGGUGAUUCUCACACUUCAACACACGGUGCUUUCGGUGCUCUCGCUUUCGGUAUUGGGACUUCUGAGGUCGAACAUGUUCUUGCUACUCAAACCCUUAUCAACAAAAAGUCGAAGAAUAUGAAAAUUGAAGUCAAUGGUGCGCUUCUACCUGGUGUCACUAGCAAGGAUAUCAUUCUGCACAUCAUUGGGAAGAUUGGUACUGCGGGUGGAACUGGCGCAGUGAUUGAGUUCACCGGGUCUACGAUUAGGUCGCUGAGUAUGGAAGCGAGAAUGUCCAUGUGCAAUAUGUCGAUCGAGGGUGGUGCUAGGGCAGGAUUGAUUGCGCCGGACGAAACGACUUUCGAAUACCUUAAAGGAAAGCCUCUUGCUCCUAAAUACGAAUCGCCGGAAUGGAAUAGCGCGUUGAAGUACUGGAGAACCCUCAAGUCUGAUCCCGACGCUGUGUGGGAUAUUGAAGUCUAUGUUGAUGCUAGGGAUGUUGUGCCAACCGUCUCGUGGGGCACAUCUCCUCAAGACGUUGUUCCCAUCACUGGCAAGGUUCCGGACCCUUCCGAAUUCGGUGAUUCUGUCGCUAGACAGCGUGUUGUCCGUGCAUUGGAAUACAUGGGUUUGGCGCCUAAUACUCCUAUGCAAGAAAUUACCGUAGACAAGGUCUUCAUUGGUUCUUGUACCAAUUCUCGCAUUGAGGAUCUUCGUGCGGCGGCGAAAGUUGUGAAGGGAAGGAGGAUCGCGCCCAAUAUUAUGAGAGCAAUGGUCGUUCCUGGUUCUGGGCUUAUCAAGAAACAGGCGGAGAGGGAAGGAUUGGACAAGGUUUUCCUUGAUGCUGGUUUCGAGUGGAGAGAAGCUGGGUGUAGCAUGUGUUUAGGCAUGAACCCGGAUAUUCUGUCUCCGCAGGAACGCUGCGCUAGCACAAGCAACCGUAACUUCGAGGGUAGACAGGGCGCGGGUGGUCGUACUCAUUUGAUGUCUCCAGCAAUGGCGGCUUCGGCAGCAAUUUCAGGAAAAUUGGCAGAUGUGAGGGGGUUUACUUUUGGAGCUGCCGAACCUGAGGGGGCAGGGGGCGUGCCUAAGACCAUAAUUGAGGCAGAGCAUCCGGACCCAGUUACCGAUGAGGAUAUGGAUAGAAUCGAUGAUAUUCCAAUUGACGAGGAAGCUUCCAACGCCGAUGCUGCAGCUCGCGAGGAUACUUCGAGUGCUUCCGCCGUGGGAGUUGGCAUCCCAAAGUUUCUCACCUUGAAGGGUAUUGCGGCUCCUCUCCCAAUGGCGAACAUCGACACCGACGCUAUUAUCCCCAAACAGUUUCUUAAAACUAUCAAACGAACCGGUCUGGGAUCUGCUCUAUUCUUCGCUCUCCGAUUCAACCCCGACGGAACCGAAAAUCCAAACUUUGUUCUCAACAAGGAGCCAUACCGUAACACUAAGAUUCUUGUCGUCACCGGCCCAAACUUCGGAUGUGGUAGCAGCAGAGAGCAUGCUCCAUGGGCUCUCCUUGAUUUCGGUAUUAAAUGUAUUAUCGCCCCAUCAUUUGCCGACAUCUUUUUCAAUAAUACGUUUAAGAAUGGAAUGCUUCCCAUCGCCAUCGAUGACUCGGCAGCCCUGGAUAAGAUUGCUCGGGUGGCCGAGAUGGGAAAAGAAGUUGAGGUCGAUUUGCCCAAUCAAGUUAUCAAGGACGGCGAUGGAAAUGAGUUGGCCAAGUUUGAUGUGGAGGAAUUCCCUAAGCAUUGCUUGGUUAAUGGGCUUGAUGAUAUCGGAUUGACUCUGUUGAUUGAUGAUAAGAUCAAGGAGUUUGAGAAGAAGCGAACACUCGAGUACCCUUGGCUGGAUGGAAGUGGGUAUUUGGCUAGGCGUAAGAGGGGCAAUGGGCCAGUUAAAAUUACAGCGGCUAAAGUUCCGACUACCAAUCGGGGGUUCGAGAAGGAGAUCACUGAGUGGUGAAUGCUAUACUGAUGAUGUGGCGAGAUUUCAUCAGCAAUUUUUUUUUUAGUGUUUCAACCCAGGGGUCCCAGUUUGUAAACCGGAGGUUUUGCAAAGUGAUUCGUGAAACAAUAAUACUUGUGAUAUGA